AUGGCCAAGCUCAGUGUGGAGGGCUGUCAGACGGAGCAUGCGUGUUGGGAGCUGCUGUCACGCCACCAUAACAUCGCGUCAGGUAAAUCACUCACCUGGCCUCUCUCAUCUCGCAGCUUCCAGGUGUGUGACUACUCCAACUUCAGGAGCGGCCGAGAGUGGAAGUACGAUACUCUCAUAGCUGAUACACCAGACCCGAUCUCCUGUCCCCUUGGAGGUCGAUUCUCAUUCGGGCAAAGUGGUCCAUCACCCCUCACACCUCGCAUCGUUGGGGGCAUUACCUCGUCCCCUCUAGACACUUACCCUUGCCACACCCGCGUCUCGGAUAUGUCUGUAUGUGACGAGAACCGUAAAUGGAUCAUCAUUGACACGGACCUCUGCCUCUCCCUCAACAAGGACGGUCAUCCAGUGGACUUCAACAGUGUGACCGACUACCGCCUUCAGUGUAUAGGGUACUGGCAGAGAACCUCUUGUCCUACCUCAUCACCCACGACCCGUCUGAUUCUGUGUCAAGGUUCAGGUGCUGGGUGUACCAGGGUCGGGUAACUAAAAUACUCAUGUCACAGUCAGUGGGAGGGGCGUGGUCUGCGGCAAAACUUCCUCUCCUCCACAUACGAAGAGAGCGCCGCUGUUGCGCUUAAUCUCACACUUAGUGAACGCCUUUACGACCAGUGCCCCAUGUUUUAUGACAAUGGCAAGGACCCUUGGCAGCCCAGGGACGAGAUGUUCACUAUCUUUAGGUUCUCGAGUCACGCCCCCUCCCUCUACGUCACCGCUGACGUCACCAUACUUCUUC